UAUAGCCUUAAAGAAAAGAUUACAUAUUAACAAAAGAAAGAAAAGAAAGACAGAAUAUGAAUUCAAAGGGAGCUACACCAACUCAAGUAUAUGAAGAUUUUGUGCUAUCACCAAAGUUGGUUCAAGAAGAACACUUUGACACAAUUCACCUUAAUCUUCAAGGUUUCAAGAAGGAACAGCUGACGGUUGUACUAACCAGCACAGGAAUUCUGAAGAUCAGCGGACAACGGCCAAUUGGUACGAAUAAAUGGCAGAGAUUUCAGAAGGAAUUUCCUGUUGCAGAAAAUUGUGACAGAAGCAAAAUCAGCGCAAAGUUUGAAAACGGAAUUCUUUAUGUUAAACAGCCAAAACUUACAACAACUUCAUCAGUGAAAAAGGAUAAGGAAUUGUCAGCUACAUUAGCUGAGAAUACCCCUGCAGCUAAAAGAAAGAAGACCACUUUACGAGACGAAUUUAGUAAACAAGACAAUGCUGAUAUUGAUACACCUGCUAAAGAAGAACCAAAGAAAACUAGUCCUAAAACAAGUGAGCAAACAGAAGCUAAAAGUCUUGCAGAAAAAAAAUUAACAUCAGAUGAAAGUAAUUCAAGUAGUUCAAGUUCUUCUAGUUCCAGUGAAUCGGAUAUUGAAUCGACUGAUGAUGAGACAGAUGAUGAUGAAGAUACCGGAAUUACGAGUUUUAUGGCUGCAAACCUGAAGAAGCCAAGGAGAGUGAUGAAAAUGACUCUUGUUGGUCUGUUGAUUCUUGGUAUCAGCCUCUAUGUUGCCAAGGAACGAUCUCAUUAAAUUGAAUUUCUAAACUGUACUUAAUCAAAUAUGUUAUGAAUCAUAAAACCAUCAUUUGAAUAAAUAAUAAGUGCUAAUGAAGUGAAAUGAUCUGCAUUUCAUGUGUGUUCACUAAAGUUCUGCAUCAUAUGGACCCAUU